AUGUUGCGCGUCACGGGAAAGCGGUUGACGAUACGCGGAAGUAGUCUGUUCAGGUCGUCCGUGCGUUUCUAUGAGACGCAGCCCUCGCAGGCGGCUGCGACGCCGUUGAAUGGCAUACCCCCACCUUUAGAGGGCAUCAAGAUCCUGGAUCUCACGCGUGUUCUUGCUGGACCUACGGCGACUAUGCUUCUGGGUGACCUCGGCGCAGACGUGAUCAAGGUUGAAGAAAUAAAGCGCGGAGACGACACCCGUAUGUUCACAACAUGUUCCUGGCACCCUCCCGCUGCUCCGCUAGCACCCAACGUCCCCAAAGGCUCUGAGCACCUCCCUCCAGAAUCCGCCUACUUCCUCGCCUGCAACCGCAACAAGCGGUCUAUCACCGUGAACCUCAAGUCCCCCGGCGGCAUGGAGGUCAUGAAGCGCUUGGUCAAGAAGAGCGAUAUCCUUGUCGAGAAUUACAUCAGCGGCAAGCUCGCGGAAAUGGGGCUCGGGCACGCGCAUUGCGCGGAAUGGAACCCGGCGCUGAUUUAUGCGAGUAUAUCGGGAUACGGCCAGACUGGACCUUUCCGGAAGAAUGCCGGCUAUGAUGUGGUUAUUGAGGGAGAGGCGGGCUUGAUGCAUAUCACGGGCGAACCGGAUCGCCCUCCUUCCAAAGUGGGGGUGGCUGCGACUGAUAUUGCGACUGGUCUGUACACCCAUGGUGCCAUCAUGGCCGCAUUGUUGUCGAGACAGAAGACUGGCAAGGGCUGCUGGAUUGACUGCAAUUUGUUCGAAUCGCAGAUCGCAGGCCUUGCUAACAUCGCGUCAAACUACCUCGUUGCUGGUCAAGAGGCCUCGCGACACGGCACGGCACACCCGAGCAUUGUGCCGUACCAGGUCUUCAGGUGCAAGGAUGGCUUCAUCAUGAUCGGAGCGGGUAAUGACAAGCAGUUCGCGUCCCUCGCAAAAGUCCUCGCCCUACCUGAGUUGCCGGAGAACACCAUGUUCGCCAACAACCAGCAACGUGUCAAGAACCGCUCUGAGCUCGUCUCAAUAAUCGAGAACAAGCUCAUGGAGGAGCCGCGCGAUGUGUGGCUCGAGCGAUUCAAGGGCAUUGGCGUGCCGCACGGUCCUAUCAACAACAUCGGGGAAACCUUCCAACACCCACAGGCUCAAGCAAGGAAGAUCACCGUAGACGUCGAGCACCCUCGAAUCGAUGGUCCGGUAAAGCUUGUCGCGCCCGCUGUUCACUAUAAUGGCAAGCGUAUGCCAGUGCGAAUGCCGCCGCCGUGGCUUGGGCAACACACUGAUGAGGUCUUGGUCAAUGAGCUUGAAUUUUUGCCAGAGGAAGUCGCCGAUUUGAGGCGCCAAGGUGACAUUGGAGGCGUGGCCUAAACUUGCUCCUAGCUUCUACUUGUGAAGAUCGACUUUUAGGAUAAUGUGAAGUGUAGCCAUCUUUCCAAGGAAUAUGUCGCGAGGAAGCAUGAGAGGCGAUCGAGGUGUGAAUGCAGCAGCCGGGACAAG